CGCUCAACGGCGUAAGGACUAGCAACCACACAUGAGCAGCCUGAGACAUGGCAAACCGCCUGUCUUUUCUCGUCAUGUGGAAACAUCAAGGCGGCGAGCGUCAAGACUACAUUUCGCGGUAUAGGCGAUUCUUCACUACAGUGAACGUAUCCCAGAGAGUGCGUUUUCACAUGAGUGAUGUUGUGGUGCAAUCGAGUACGCACUCUGAAGAGAACCUGUUCCAGGCUGUGUGCACGAUUAAGCUGCUGGACCAUUCAGCCUCCGAUAGCGAGCUAUCCUCCAUAUGCUCCAGCAUAGCUCAUCAGUGGUGUUUUCUGGGCAAGGUAGUUCCGUUCAAGGGACAUCUUCAGUGGCUGAUUCCUGACCGCGAACGUGGUUUCUGGCGCGAGACAACUCCGUACGAAACGCACACUCCUCUGGAGUAUCUCGCUUUCGGUACGUUCGCUGACCUUUGCGUGUUCGCUCAAAGCCACGUGAUUUAUAGUGACGAAGGCCCUCCAGCCUACUCGCUCUCUUGCGCUUUCAAACAUGACGAGAGGUUAUUGCAAGUGCUGCUCUUGUUGAACCACAGUCACGGAUGCAGGCAAGCUUCCAGUGCGUUCAAGCUGGAGAUACCAUACGGCAGCAUCUUUAGAGUUGUUGUCAACGAGGUAGAGAGAAACCAAGAGAUCAUAGGCAUCUACCUUCAGCUCACUACCACACCACUGUUGUAUCUGCGAUCGAGAAAUCCCGGCAACUGGGACACGCCCAAUGCCAGCACCGACAGCGCAUGGUUCAACAGAGUGUUCCAGUUGGGAUGUCCUUGCUUUUGGUUGAUGCGCAGCUGUGAGAUUGGCGCAAGCUCUGUCAUAAAGUUGAGUCUUAAGAACAAGCUGAAAGAAAGACAAGCGAUCAGUUGCCUAACGGCUCGUUGCAAGCGGGAAACAACUUUUCAGUACUCUCCGAUGACGACUUGCAAAAUUAGUUCGCAGCUGAAACAGAUUAAAAAGCGUUGCAACAUGAAGGUUAAGCCGCGUCUUGGUUUCUCCGCUUGUUACGCCUUGAGUGCGGUUCUACAGCAAGGAAAUGAUGCAUAUUCUCAAAUGGCUUUGCUCGCUCGCGACAAGUUGGAACAGUUCGAAGAGGACUUGGUUAGCUUUGCCCUGAAUAAUAGUUCUGCCCUCGAGGCUGCUCUUUUUGCUAUUCGCAGUGCGAUAGAAGAACACGAGGUUGUCGAUAUCAUUCGCUGUCUGCCGAAGCUAUAUGCCAAAUUCUGCCGAGUUGCUUUUCACCUCCCCAAGACGCCCAGCGGAACGCGCUUGGUUCGACGUUCCAUAGUCACUCCAUCCAAAGUGCUUUUGCUCCCUCCUCAGCUUCACAACGAGAACAGGAUCCUCCGUAAAUUCGACCCGGAGUACUCGCUACGAGUGUCCUUUCGUGAUGACAAUUUACAACACUUGUCCUAUUCACUCAUGUCUGGCUCCUGUCGGCAUAUGGCAAUCGAAAGGGUCGUCACCGACACUCUUCGGCACGGCUUGACAGUAGGAGACAGGCAAUUCAAGCUUCUGGCUUCUUCGUGCAGCCAACUGCGAGAUCAUGGAGCAUGGUUCUACGCUACGGAUGGAAAGGGUUACUCCACCGAUAUGAUCCGCUACUGGAUGGGCGACUUCAGUGGCAUCUCAAGCACUGCGAAGAAGAUGGCACGCAUGGGCCAGUGCUUCUCGUCCACUGAAGAAUCCGUGAUAGUUUCCCUGCUCAGCGACUCUGUACUGGAAGUUCCUGAUGUUCUUGGAGGGGAAAACUCUGUGACAAAUGAACAGUAUAUUUUCUCAGAUGGCAUUGGUAUGAUUUCAUCAGAACUGCUUAAAGAGGUGCAAAAGAAGCUGAAGCUUCUUGAGACGCCGUCAGCCAUUCAGAUACGCUACGCCGGAUACAAGGGUAUGCUUUGCCUCAAUCCUUCGCUCCCUGGUCGCCAGUUGGUUCUCCGGAAGAGCAUGCGCAAGUUCAACUGCGUCAACUCCGAGAACAUCGAAGUGAUCAAAAUUUCCGCUCCUCGUGUGGUCUUCCUCAACCGGCAGCUUAUCACGCUCCUGGAACAGCUCGGGGUGCCAAGCCGCAUGUUCUUCUGCCUCCAGCAGCACAUGGUCACACUCCUCACAGAAUCCCUCGUCUGUGACACGAGCGCGCUCCAGGUCCUCGACACCUACGUGGGCUCUGCGCUCCCGUUUAAUCAGCUGGCACGACACGGCUUCUCCCUUACUCGGGACCCCUUCGUGCGCUCGAUGCUCUUCGCGGUGUACAGGACAUCCAUGGAGUCUCUAUUGUCAAAGUCCCGCAUAGCUGUGCCGCACAAUUUGGGACGCAACAUGUUCGGCGUGCUGGACGAAACCCGGACGUUGCAGUAUGGCGAAGUUUUCGUGCAGUACACUUCCCUGACUCCAAAAGGCCCCCAAGAUGAUGGACCCGAGACUACAGUGCUAACAGGAACAGUGCUGGUUACGAAGUGCCCUUGUCUUCAUCCCGGUGACGUGAGGAAGUUCACUGCGGUCAAUGUAACUUCACUUCAUCACAUAAAAGACUGCAUUGUUUUCCCAGCGAAUGGGCACAGGCCACAUCCUGAUGAAAUGGCAGGUUCUGACUUGGAUGGAGACGAGUAUAUUGUCAUCUGGGACGAAAAUUUUUUCUUCCCGGGGCCCAACAGAGAGCCCAUGGUGUACGGACAAAAGCUAGUUUUGCAGCAAUCCGAGCCUAAUCUGGUGGAUAGUAUGGCAGUGUUCAUCUCGAAUUACAUCCUGAACGACAAUGUUGGUGUCAUGUCCAACGCCCACCUAGCCCUGGCUGACAAGCUUGAAGACGGCGUGUUCUCAAAGCCAUGUCUCUCUGUGGCCAAGAAAAUCUCGACAUGUCUCGACUUCGCGAAGACUGGCGUUCCCGCUCUUUUGGAAAGGAAUGAAAAACCCGAAGAGUACCCAGAUUUUAUGGACAAAGGUGGUCACAAAAACGCGUACCGUUCUGCUCGAGUUCUCGGCCACCUGUACAGAUUUCAAAGGUUUCUAGAGUCGGUCGUCAGCUCUAACUUCAACAGUCACCUCAUUGAUAGCGGAAGCAAUAUCAAACUGCUUGAAUUGCAUGGCUGGAAACGCUACCAGCUCAUUGUCGAAGAGCUGUUGGCUGCGCACGAGUCUGACAUGGACCGCAUACUCAAGCAGUACGGCAUAAAAAGUGAAGCGGAGAUCGUGUCUGGCUACAUCAACGACGUCUCUGCCUCCAACAAGGGGCACUACGAGAAGAGCAACGUCGAAGUUCUUGUCGCGAAGCAGUACCGAGUGAUCGUGGAGUCGACACGGCAGCGAUUCUUCGAAGAAGUUGAUUAUGCGUGUCGCAUGGAAAAUGCCCUGUCGGAAGCGGAUAAAAAGCAGAUUCUUCUGAGAAUGGCAUCCGCGUGCUUUAUGGUGACGUACUACAACGCAAAGAAGACCUAUUCCAGCUUCCCUUGGUCUUUCGCGGACGUUAUUAUUCUCGUCAUGGAGGAGAGUUCAUCUAUGCUUGAGCGCACGAGCAAGAAUCUUCUCGUAUACCGCCUGGACAAUCAGCUGGCGGCUUCUGCAUCUCGUCACUCUGCCAAGAUAGUGGCGCUAGAAGUGGUGUUGAAGUGGGCCGAUAAAGAAGACUUGAUAUUGAAGACAGCAGCCGUGAACUGUGCUCGCAUUUGCGAAAAUUGUCUACAAAUGCUCUUUGCCAAAAGUGCGCUUGCAGUGGAACGCGAGCAUGCCGAAAAUGACCCCGAGAAUAGGCAGCCACCUUCCACCGGUUAUUACGUCACUUCAUUUCUGCGUUACGUGAGCAGUUCGUCAGUUGUCUUCCCUGAAUGUGAUGCCUGCAGCCAGUCAUCCCAGAUGCACACCCUGACAAUGGCAGCACUGAGGACUUACAGCAUGUUGUCCAUCUUGUGCGAUCUCUGCCAUCUAGGCCUGCCCUGUGACGAAAGUCUCCACGAACCCAUCCAGGAGAUAAAAGAAGGAAACUCUGUCCGCAUUAAGGUGUCCAACCCGGCGUUGUGGGACAUGCUGGUUCACAGCCAAGACGAAGUGGCGGGCCUGCUCUGCUCUUGGUCCGGUGUUAAGGAGGUUCGCAUCCGGCGCGGUGCCGACCGCUGUACCGGUCAUUACAUUGUGGUAUCCUCCAUCGGCCGUGACUGGCAGCGAUGGUUUCUUGAAGAGCUGCUUCUUCAGCCUUGGUUGGCACGCGCCAUCUUGACGCGUAGCCUGGCCGAAUUCAUUCGUGCAUGAUUUUGUUUUGACGCAGGUGCAAGGCAGCACUAGCACCUAACGCAUAAAUUUUAACGACUUUCACUUUUAAUCUUUUAACAAGACGACUUUUAAACACGGGGUAUUUAAUAUAAGCAAGGACAUCGCGACACCAUGUAGGCUGGGCCAUGGUCCCGCGAAGAUCUUCCUUGUCCGCUGGGGCGUAAAGUGCGGGCACAAUUUGUUUUGCGUACAACUGUGUUAAAGAAACUCUUCCGCACAAAGGAAAGCACGUUGCGCCCGUUACUCAAACUAACCAGCGCGCAUCUCUGUAACCAGUUUUAUUUCUUGUUUUGUGAAGGUGUUAUACUGUUUAAAUAAAGUGACAAAGAAAUUACUUUCCUCA